AUGGACCCCUGGGCCCCUGCCCGGCCACGGCAGGCAGCCGGGGGGGUGUGGGGAGAGGCGCACCGCGGCCCCCCACCGCAGCCCAGGCGGCAGCUCCUCCGCCCGGGACCCCCGCCUUGGCCCGGCUCCUGGGACGGGGGCCACCUCCCCGGCCACCCCUGGGACGGGGGCCAUCACCCCCGGAGGGAUGCCCGCAGACCACCUUCCCGAGCCGAAUACUACGAAAGCAGCUACCCCAACGGGCCGUACGCCAGGCAAGGAUAUGAAGACCCCCACUGGCAGUAUCCAGCAGCCACCUACGGGGACGACUACACCCGCCAAAGCCACCAGUGGCAGCCGGUGGCCUGGCAGGAUGACAGAGACCUUAAACAGGGAGAGCCUUACGGCAGGAGUACCAAUUACCGGGACCAGCACUACUACAGGGGUUACCACCCCAACCUGGCCGUGACCCCCCAGGGGCAGGACAGGACACAGACCUACGACUCUGAGGAGAGAUACGUCUCGGCUGCCCGGCCCGAGUGGCCAGAGGGAGAAACCCUUGGCAGCGAUUUGGGGGAGGCUGGUGGCCAGCCCCGAGAGCCCUCGGGCCAGCCCAGCCUGCUCCUGCAGUACCGUGAGUCAGGGCUCAGCUCCAGUGGCUACGAGCUCAGCCAGUACAUCCACGACGGUGCUGAUCACUACGACCCCACGCUUUCAGGGACCUGGAGCCCGGCACAAGCAGGGGGGCCCUUGGCAUCCACCCCGGCGCCGGUGGUACCCCUCAAGUUCUCGCUGCCACACAUGGCGGUGUGCUUUGGAGCCGGAGGCCAGCUGGUGCUGGUGUGUCCCCACCGCCCUGCCGAGGGGCACCUAGCCCACGUCGAGCUACACAGCCUGGAGGUAAUUCUUCAUGACACGAAAGAGCUGGAGGAGCUACAGGCCUUCCCGGGGCCCCUGGCCAGGGAAGACCUGCACAAGGCAGAUGUGAUAACAUUUUGCCAGCAGAAGAUAGCCACGAGCUGUGAUCUCUCCACCCAGAGAGGCAGAGAUUCAUCUCUUCUCUGGAAACUCCUCAUCCUCCUCUGCCGGCAGAAUGGGUCCAUGGUGGGCUCGGACACGGCAGAGCUGCUGAUGCAAGACUGCAGGCACCGGGAGAGGUACAAGAGGCAAAACCCUGCAGCAAACCUGAUCGGCCUGACGGAUGAUGAGUCGAUGUCGCGUCAGCCGGGGACACUGGACCUCAUCACGGGGGAGGUCCCUCCCGUCGUAGAGACGCAGGCACAGAUAGUGGAGAAGUUCACCAAGCUCCUCUACUAUGGCAGGAAGAAAGAUGCUCUGAUCUGGGCCAUGAGAAACCAGCUGUGGGGCCAUGCCCUCUUCCUCUCCAGCAAGAUGGACCCUCGGACCUACAGCUGGGUGCUCACCGGGUUCACCAGCACACUGGCCACCAAUGACCCCCUGCAGACCUUUUUCCAGCUCAUGUCGGGAAGGAUCCCUCAGGCAGCACUGUGCUGCGGGGAUGCCACGUGGGGAGACUGGAGGCCCCACCUGGCCGUGAUGUUGUCCAACAAGGUUGGAGACAUGGAGCUGAACCACCGAGCCAUUGUCACUAUGGGAGACACUUUGGCUGGCAGGGGAGCAGUUGAAGCAGCUCAUUUCUGCUACCUGAUGGCAGAUAUUCCUUUCGGCUACUUCGGGGUGAAGGCAGAUCGCAUGGCUCUGCUGGGCAGCAGCCACCGUCAGGCGUUCGCCCAGUUUGCCAGGACGGAGGUCAUCCAGCGGAUGGAAAUCUUCGAGUACUGCCAGCAGCUACGACAGCCCAAAUCCUUCCUGCUCCCCUUCCAGGUGUACAAGCUCCUCUACGCCUCUCGCUUGGCCGACUACGGGCUCCCAGCCCAGUCCCUGCAAUACUGCGAGCAGAUUGCCACCGCGCUCCUGCGCCAGGAUCCGGCCAGCCACCCCGUCCUGGCCCAGCAAGUGAUGAAGCUGGCCGAGCGGCUGAAGCUCUCCGACCCUCUGCUCCUGGAGAUGCCGGAGCAGGACCAGACGCUGGAGCCCGACUGGCUGGUACAGCUCCGAGCCUGCUGCCGGGAGUGGGAGGUAAGGAGGAGCGGGAAUGUUGUGGGCUGGCUGGUGGAAGACAACCUCUCUCCAGAGGUGGAAGCCACUCAGCCAGGGCUCUCCUGGGCUGCUGCAUCGACGGCAGAUGGAGAGCCUGGCCAUGAGCUUCCACAGAGUGAAGGCUACCAGUAUGACCAGUGGUACCAGCCCGUGCCACGCCAGGGACCCAGCUCCCGUGAGGACGUGUCUCUCCAGCCCCCGGCACCUGCUCAGGUGGCAGCAUCGCCACUGCUUGGCAUUCGGCAAGAGCUGCAGCCCCCCGCGCUCGGCCCAGGGAUGGCCGCCCCUCCGGAAGGGGUUUUUGCUGAGCCCCCUCCGCAGGCAGCGCUGCCGGCAGGAGAAGCUGGGGAGCCCCGGGGCACCCCGCCAUCCCUCUCAGCAGAGGAGGAGGAGUUAAAGGCAAGGGCUCGGACCAUCUCGGAGAGCUCCACCGUCUCCUUGGAAGACGACAGCCGGCCUUCCUCGGAGAGUGCAGCUGAAGAUGCUGCCGAAGAGCCGGCAGCAGCAGAGGCGGUGAAGGCGGGUGAGGAUAAGAGCUCUGGAUUCAGGUGGUUUGGCUGGUUUUGGUCGAAGCCCACCAAGGAAACGUCUCCUAAAGCCACGUCUGAGGUGGCCCCGGACUCCCCCACGUCAGCACUGCAGGAACGGACAUCGCCAUCCCCACCCGAUGCCCCUGUCGCGGCUGGGACAAGCCCUUCGGCUCAGCCUCCCUCCAGAAACCCCGGAGGAAUGCAAGGUGAAAAUACCUUUGCUUUUACUCCAGUGUCCAUUGAGAUGAAAGGCUCGUGGGAUGUGGAUGGUGGGGAGUCAGGAGAGCAGUUUCUCUCCCUCCACCUCUUCCAGACCGGCUCCCAUGAAUCCCCUCCACCGGUGGGGACAGUCCCUCUCUUCAACCCUGUCCAGGUCUCUCAGCUCGCCGCUGCCUCUCGACCCAACCAACCCAGGCUGCUCUCCCAGCGCCGCUACCCCAACCCGCUAUCAAAUCAACAGCGGUGA